GUGUGUGUGUGUGUGUGUGUGUGUGUGUGUGUGUGUGUGUGUGUGUGUGUAGAUGGUGCAGAAAGGACAGAGCAGUUGUCUUCUGGUCAGCUGCAUGCUGGUGAUGGUGUUAACAGUGGUUGACAGUCAGGAGAACGUGAGGCGUGCAGUGACGGAGCAUCAGUUGAUGCAUGAUCGUGGUCGCUCCAUUCAGAGUCUGAAGAGACUGAUCUGGCUGUCCAGCGCCAUCGAGAGGCUUCACACUGCAGAGGCGCGCUCUUUAUCCUCCCCUCACACCGCCUUCAGUCAGAAUUAUGAUAUUGGUGGUGAUGAGGGUAAUAAUGAAGAUUACUCCAAAUAUCCCUCUGUGAUAGACAGUAGGCUCCAGCAGGGGCACUAGAGCUUCUGAUUAGAAACAUGUACAGAGCACAUCCUCCAUCCAGAAGACACGCAAACACACCGCACUGACUACACAAACUACACUGACUACACAAACACUAACAAUGACUACACAAACUACACUGACUACACAAACACUAACAAUGACUACACAAACUACACUGACUAC